GUAAAAGAAGAUGAAAACAAGAUUGCUAAACAAGGACGGAGAAAUAUUAUUUGAAAAAUAAAAUAAUACAGAAUCACGUUAAACAGUAAAUAUGUCCGGAACUCAUUGGGGAGAAAUACCUAAAAUUCCAAUCGAUGACUUUUUUAUCCCAGAUGUUACGGCAGACAUAGAGAGUUCCAUGUCCGAAUGCUGUUUAAGCGAGUAUGAAGGUGAAACGGAAAAUACCUAUCAAGAAGACAUAACGUUGCCCCCCAUGGACCCGGUAAUGAUGUAUGCUAUAGCAUUGCAUAAAUACGCGGCUAACAUGACAGAAAUGAUUAAAGUAGCAGAGGUAGCAAUUGAAAGCAAAAUCAUACCCCCCGAUACCAGGCCGGUUAUUCCCAAGAUGCCGAAAAUUGAGUUUAAACACAAGCCCAACCCAUUAAAUUUUAUUCCACCAGAUAUGGAGCAAACCAAUGAAGACAUAAAAAUUCCAGAACUAAGUGAAGUAGUUGUAAAAAAAAUAUUGGCAAAAUGUAUUGCUACCAUGUUUGCACACAUAGGGUUCGAAAGUAGUUUUCAAAGUGUGUUGGAUAUUUUGAUAGACAUGUUAGAGAAAUUCUAUUUAAAAGUGUGUGGUCGCUUUGUGCAAGCGUUGGACGAGGAAGAAUCACUCAAGACAGGCGGGUUUCCAAAUGCUCUCGAAAGAGUACUGGUUGAAAGUGGAUUGGGUGGAGUUAAAGGCCUAAAUGAUUAUUACCAAUGCAGAGUGCUGAAAUAUGUUAAUGUGUUACAAAGACGAUGUAAAGAGCUCGAUAAUUAUUAUUCACAGCUGCUCGCGCCCAGGGGUCCACCUCAAGAGUCCGCUAAAUAAACAUCAACGGUACCUAUCCUGUUUCAAAUAACUUUCUUCAAAGUGGAAAAUGAGAUUACCUAAUUGCAGUGAUAUUUUGCAAAUAAAUGUAACA